CCAGACGUUUGCUCUGGUGGAACAUUUAGUCCGAAGCACAGGUCUAAGUGCUGUUUGCUCCUCUGGGGUUUGACGCGACCAUGGCUCUGCUGGCUUUGAUGCUCCUGGUCACGGCGCCUCAGCUGGUUUGGGGACGGUACGUUUUUAGCCACAAGCCCUCGUGUUACCAGCCGGUGUCCAGGAAAGCCAGCUUUGGAGCGAGAACCGCCGCUCUUCCUCCUGAACUCCUGAACCUCGCCGAGCUGCCAAAGUCCUGGGACUGGAGGAAUGUAAAUGGCGUUAACUAUGCCAGCGCCACUCGCAACCAGCACAUCCCCCAGUACUGCGGCUCCUGCUGGGCUCACGCCAGCACCAGCGCUAUGGCAGAUCGGAUCAACAUCAAGCGUCGGGCCGCGUGGCCGUCCGCUUAUCUGUCCGUCCAGCACGUGUUGGCGUGCGCCGGGUCGGGCACCUGCCACGGCUGCGACCACGGCGCCGUCUGGGAGUACGCCCACACCCACGGCGUCCCCGACGAGACCUGCAACAACUACCAGGCUGCCGACCAGAAGUGCGACGCGUUCGCUGCGUGUGGAACGUGCUCGGAGUUCGGGACCUGCUUCAAUGUGUCCAACUACACCCUGUGGAAGGUGGGAGCGUUCGGAGCCGUUAGCGGCCGAGAGGCGAUGAUGGCGGAGAUCUACGCCCGAGGCCCCAUCAGCUGUGGAAUCAUGGCCACGGCCAAACUGGACGCGUACGCCGGGGGCCUGUACUCGGAGUUCGUCGCCUCUCCCGCCGUCAACCACGUGGUGUCGGUGGCCGGAUGGGGAGUGGAAAACGGCACGGAGUUCUGGAUCGUGCGCAACUCGUGGGGGGAGCCAUGGGGCGAGAGGGGCUGGCUCAGGAUUGUGACGAGCGCCUACCGAGGCGGCAGCGGGAGCAAUUACAACCUUGCUGUGGAGGAAGACUGCAUGUAUGGAGAUGUGAUCGUGCCCUAAUCUUGUCAAUGGGGCUUUUACAUGAGCUGGAAGAUGGCAUCAUGGCCGACGUCGUCCUCUUUGUGCAGGACGUUUCAUCCGCCGAUAAUGCAGUCGCAGCUCUGAGCGUUAAUGCUUUGCCUUGUUGCUGCGCUUUUACACUAAAUUGGCUGGAGUUGUCUGGGUCAGUGGACUUGUUCAGGCCAGUCAAAUAAAAAGCUUUGUGCAGAAUUUA